CGCUGAAGCAGGAAGAAAUCAGGCGAAUGGGGUUCUCGGGACAUCUUUCGACAGGAGACCCGUGAAUUUGAAUGAAUUUUAGUGACAAGAAAUAAAGAUAAGCGAUUUUUACCAGUCAGUUCGGCUGACACUACAGCUCAAGUGGAUUGGAGUUAUUUUGAGGACUGUAUGCGCAAGUAAAUCAGGGUCUCACUUUAAAUCCGUCAGAAAUGGGUUCGUGGUGCUUUCGUUUCGCAUGCUUACUUUUUACUGUAGGUUUUUAUGUCAGAGAAACCCAGAGCGAGGUGUCUGCAGAAGACCAAGAAUGUAUAAAGACUUUCAUGGAAGGUCGGGAAGACUUUGUUUUGGACACGGAAGAGUCGAUCAACGAUGGGGCGGUUUUCCUGGCGAACCCUGGCGUCGAGGACAGUCUCGCGUGCACUGUUGCGUGCUGCGGGCAUCCCAGAUGCAACUUGGCCUUCGUAGAGCAAGGAAACGAGAAGGGCUGCUUUCUCUUCAACUGCCUAUACAAGGAUAAAUAUGUCUGCAGAUUUUUCCAUAAGGAGGGGUUUAAAAUUUAUGUAUUGGAUUCAGUCUAUGAAAACUACCUGAACAUCCGCAAAUCUGAUAAGGACAAAGCUCCCAUUGCCAAUGCUGGACGAGAUGUGGUGGUCCAGCCUGAUGAGGAGGUGUUUCUGAAUGGCAUAGAAAGUUGGGAUGAUGGGAAGAUCGAAAAAUACGAAUGGAGUCUCAUCCGUGGAGAUGAAUCUGUCCAAAUGGAGAAAACUGAUUUUUCGGACCAGUUAAGGGUGUCCAACCUGAAGCCUGGGCUGUAUGAGUUCAAACUGACCGUGACAGAUUCAGCACACCUUUCUGAUUCAGAUCAAGUUUCUGUCCUGGUUCUCACUCCUGAGCAAUCUGAGCGUGAGUUAUCUUUGAUCAUGUUUUUCCCAACCACUCCCAGACUUUUACCUUUUACCUUUGAAUGAGGCUCAGGGUUUAUC